AUGCGCCGCACGACGCUCGGGACCGUCUCGUCCUCGCAGCUUAACGCGCGCUCCGCGGCGCUACGGCACCCGUCGGCGCGCGUCUCAGUACCCAGCAAAAGCACGAGCUCAAGCGUCGAGCGCCAGUCUAUCGGUGUCGCGCCCCGGCGUCGUGUAUCCACCGCUGCAGGCCUAACGACCACAACACGACGACCACCUCCCGGUCCCCGCGCGUCCGUUACUUCACGCCAGUCCACGACGAAUCCCAAUGAUGUUACUUCACGACGCAGCAGUACCUACAGCUCUCGAGCGUCUCUCUCUGGCCGAAGUGGAGCGCGCGUCCUGGACCCGCGACCUAUAGGCGACCGCGCGUACCUCCAUCGCUGCGUCCGGACGCUCGUGGAGUUCCUGUCGGAGCACCCGUACGACCAGUCGCUGCCGGCCGGACUAGCCAAACGGGGCCCGUCGAAGAAGGAGUUUUUCAACAUUCUCCGGUUCCUGUUCAAGCAAGUGGACCCGACGUUUGAGUUCGGCGUCAAGGUGGAAGAGGACGUGGUGGUCCAGUUUCGCAACUUGCGGUACCCUUUUCCGAUCAGCAAAACGUCCUUGGCAGCAGUGGGGACGCCACAUACGUGGCCGACGCUGUUGCUGUCGCUCACGUGGCUCAUUGAGCUGCUCACGUACGACGAGGCGAUCCAAGAGGCGAAUGAGACGGAAGAAAGUGAUGACGAAAAUGGUGACAAGUCUUUUUUCAAGUACCUGGAUGUAGCUUAUCGCGUCUUUUUGGCUGGCGAAGAUGACAAGUGCGCAGAGGUGGAGCAACAGGAGAAGGACAAGUUGAAUCAACGGAACGACGCGAUCAAGCAGGAAACGAGAGAGCUAGAAAUGGAUCGCAACGAGCUGAAGAAGCGUAUUGAGCAGGCGAGAGCAGAUAAGAAUGCGCUUUCGGAGCUUCGAAAGAAGAAAGCCGACUGUCUGAGCGACCUUGUAAAAUUCAAGGACUUGGUGAACCAAUUUGAGAUGCUCAACACGAAACUGAACAAGAAGAUGGAGGCUCUUGCCAAAGUCCAAGAGUCGUUGGAGGAGGAGCUCCAUGCUCGUCGACAAGACAUUCAGAAGCUGCAAAUCCGUAUUGAGAACCAGGAAUUGUCUGCACACGACAUCGAGCAAAUAGCUCAAGAGAGGGCGCGACUGACGGACCAACUCCACCAUCAUCUUGCUCAGCAAGAGGAAAUCCAGAUACAAAUCAAAAAGGAUGAGAACCGUGCCGCUGCUAUUCGAGACAGACUCGACCAUCACAUCCACGAAUAUAUGAACACUUGCAAACGGCUGAAGAUCAUUCCAUCAACUGCGAAGAACGCUCUAAACUUCGACUAUUCUCUCGAAUUGGACCCGACGCUUGAAGAACUUGACGCGGUUCAAAAGCUGUCGCAUCACUUGAAAACAAACGUUCGACAGGCAGCACUUCGGGUCAAGCAACACCGUAAUGCGCGCGCCAACGAGGGUCUAGAUUUAGCAAUCGUGCUGACCGAGGAGUUAGCGCAAAGUGAGAACAAGCUGAACAUCGAAAUGCAAAGUGAGAAGAGAACGGAAGCUGAAGUGAGGAAAAUUGCAGAUCAGAUGGUUCGAGAACGUGAAAAGCGGACUGAAAGUCUCAGUCGAAAGCAAGCUGCAACGGAAGAAGUUGAGAUCAAGAUCACAAACAUCUCGAACGAGGACAAUCUGGUCCACGAAGAGGUGAUUAGCUCGGAACAACAUUUGCAAGAUGUGAAGAAAGCAUCGGUGGAAAUGAGAGAGAGCUAUCAGGCCUUGCUUGACAAGAAUCGGCAUACUGUCACGAACGUUCUCAUAGCGUGCACGAACCACAAGGACAUGGUAGACCGCGCAAUUUCAUCGUUGGAAGCCGAACUGAGCAGGAUCUAA